UUUUCCUCUCGGCUCCCGCCCCGCUCCGCCAUCAUGAAGUCCUGAACAAAAACGGAUGAGAAUCGAGCAAAAUGGGGAUAACACGAACGGGACCGUGAAAUCCACCGGCGCCGCCAACGUAAUGACAGCGCGGAGCGGAGAAGGGAGCGGAGCCGCAGUUUUCCGAGCGCCGGUUCCCUGUUGAAAACGUCCCGGGCGGCUCCUCUCGUUACGUUAUUUAGCUAGCAUCGUGGCUAACAGCAGCCUGGCUCGCUGUCGGGAGACAGCUCCGCUGCUCGGUUAGCUGGCAGCCGUCUGUCAGCUAGCUGUCACUUUCACUGACGGACGCUUCACCCAUGUCGAGUCGUGCAGACGCGCUAGCGGUCCAAUUGACUGGGGGCAUCAGGAUGGAGGGGCGUUUGAGUAAAAGCAUCGACAGGCACAAUGUGGUGCGUUCGUGCUGAAUAGGACAUCAGUGCCGAGGAAAGGGGAGUGAGACCAAUAUUUUCCUGCCAGGCCAGUUAGCUAGCUCCAGAGCUAGCUACAGUGGAUCCCAAAAGCCACGGCGCUGGCCAUGCCGUCGAGUGUGCGGGCCGGGAGCCUGAAGGACCCGGAGGUGGCUGAGCUGUUCUACAGGGAGGAUCCCGAGAAGCUCUUCACGGACCUGAGGGAAAUCGGCCAUGGGAGCUUCGGAGCAGUCUACUUCGCCCAUGACAUCCGCACAAAUGAGGUGGUGGCCAUCAAGAAGAUGUCCUAUAGCGGCAAGCAGUCCAACGAGAAAUGGCAGGAUAUCAUCAAGGAAGUGAAGUUUCUCCAGAAACUUCGCCACCCCAACACUGUCGAGUACCGUGGCUGCUACCUGAGAGAGCACACAGCCUGGCUGGUGAUGGAGUAUUGCUUGGGUUCAGCUUCCGACCUCUUAGAAGUACACAAGAAGCCUCUUCAGGAAGUGGAAAUAGCUGCCAUAACCCAUGGUGCAUUACAGGGACUGGUGUAUCUUCACUCUCACAACAUGAUUCACAGGGAUGUGAAGGCAGGAAACAUCUUGCUAACAGAGCCAGGUCAGGUCAAACUAGGAGAUUUUGGCUCUGCCUCCAUUGUUGCCCCAGCCAACUCCUUCGUGGGAACACCUUACUGGAUGGCCCCUGAAGUGAUUCUAGCCAUGGACGAGGGUCAGUACGAUGGAAAGGUGGAUGUGUGGUCACUUGGCAUUACCUGCAUAGAGCUGGCGGAAAGGAAGCCUCCUCUGUUCAACAUGAAUGCUAUGAGUGCCUUAUACCACAUCGCACAGAACGAGAGCCCUGUGUUGCAGUCUAAUCACUGGUCGGAUUAUUUCCGCAAUUUUGUGGACUCCUGUUUGCAGAAGAUCGCCCAGGACAGACCUACCUCUGAUGUGCUGCUCAAGCACCAUUUCCUAUGCAGAGAGCGUCCCAUGACGGUUGUGAUGGACCUGAUCGCACGCACCAAGGAUGCUGUCCGAGAGCUGGACAACCUACAGUACCGAAAGAUGAAGAAGAUCUUAUUUCACGAGGCACACAACGGUCCCGCACCUGAAGGAGGUGAUGAAGAAGAGGAUGUGGAGCAGUAUAUGCUGCGCACCGGCACAGUUAACAGCAUGGAGAGCUCCCACUCUCUGCCCUCCAUGUCCAUCAGCGCCAGCUCCCAGAGCAGCUCGGUCAACAGCCUGGCAGACGGCUCCGACGACAGCGGGGAGAUGGCCAUGAUGCAGGAGGGAGAGCACACAGUCACCUCCAACAGCUCCGUCCUGCACAAGCCCCUGAGCCAUGACAACAUCUACGACGACCCCUAUCAGCCUGAGGUCGACUCGCAGCGAGAAGCCUCGUCUGCCGGCGGCGGCGGAGGGGGCGGAGGAGGCCGGCGGCGGCGGGGCCGUGACCAUUUUGCCACCAUUCGCACAGCGUCGCUGGUCACCCGUCAGAUCCAGGAACACGAGCAGGGCUCGGCCCUCAGAGAGCAGAUGUCCGGGUACAAGCGAAUGCGGCGGCAGCACCAGAAGCAGCUGAUGGGCCUGGAGAAUAAGCUGAAAGCGGAGAUGGACGAGCACCAGCUGAGACUGGACAAGGAGCUGGAGAACCAGAGAAACAGUUUCUCAAUGGAAGGAGAGAAACUGUCCAAAAAGCACCAGGCUAUCCUCGAGAAGGAGACUAAGGCAGUCUUGACCGAGGAGAAGAAGUUUCAGCAGCACAUACUGGGCCAGCAGAAGAAGGAGCUCACAGGCCUGCUGGAGUCCCAAAAACGACAGUACCGUCAGCGCAAAGAGCAGCUCAAAGAGGAACUGAAUGAGAACCAGUCCACACCAAAGCGGGAGAAGCAGGAAUGGCUGGUGCACCAGAAAGAGUGUCUCCAGCAGCUGCAGGCAGAGGAGGAGGCCGGGCUGCUGCGGAGGCAGAGGCAGUAUUAUGAGCUGCAGUGUCGCCAGUACAAGAGGAAGAUGCUGCUGGCGCGACACAACCUGGAGCAGGAUCUGCUGAGAGAGGAUCUGAACAAAAAGCAAACUCUGAAGGACCUGGAGUGCGCCAUGCUGCUGCGUCACCACGAGUCCACCCAGGAGCUGGAGUUCCGCCAGCUGAGUUUGGUGCAGCGCACGCGGGCCGAGCUGAUCCGCACGCAGCACCAGACGGAGCUCACCAACCAGAUGGAGUAUAACAAGAGGCGCGAGCAAGAGCUGCGCCAGAAACACGCCAUGGAGGUCCGCCAGCAGCCCAAGAGCCUGAAAGUGAGUGAGAGCACCCAGAGCGAGGGGUCUCCCGAGCAGAGCCAGGCAGCAGAGGGGCGCAGCGGCAGCUGGGGCAGUGAGGAGGGGGUGGAGGUGGAGGGGAAGGAGACGGAGUUGUAUGAAGCCGGUGAGCUCGAUGGAGCAGCGGAGGAGUUCAGUGAUCACGAAGACUCCGGGGGAAGAGUAGACGAGGCGAAAGGAGGAAGCGCCGGUGUAGCUGAUGGGAAGGGUGAGGUAGACGAGGAGGACAGAAAGCUGAAGGAAGAGGAAGAGUGGAAGAUCAGUGCAGAGGGGGCGGAUCUGAGGGAAGUUGAGGGACUGCAGUGGGCGUACGAAGACGACGACCAGAGUAAUGCCGCACACGAUCACAGUGAUGAGGAGGAAGAGGGCAGAGGCGUGGCUGAUGGUUGUCCGUCGGAGCUCAUCUUGGUCCCGCCCUCCGAAAAGAGGCGCCUGCGCGAGCUGGACGAGCUGUCCGAGUUCUACUUCCCCGACGCCUUAGAGGAACUGGAACCCGCGCCCGUCCCUCCCGCUCCCAGUUCCUCCCCUGCUCAGACGUCUCUGCCGUCACUCUUCUCUCACGCCAUCUGCCUCCUGCUCUCCCUCUCCGCCGCCGCCCAGCCCUCCAACCUCACCCUGCUGCUCCUCUCCAUCUUCCUGCUCUCGCUCCGGCGCUCCCCGCCGCUGCCCUCCGUGGCCUCGGUGCUGCUCUCCGCCGAGCUGGCGUUCCUGGCGCUCUUCUUCUCGUACCUGUUCCUCCGGUCCUGCUGCUCUCUGUCGCUCUCCACCUACCUGUCCCUCAGCCUCUGGGCAAACGGCCUCUUCAGUUUAGGACUGUCUUUCAGUUUGGGGAUUUAUUACAUCCCUGUAAUUUUGAUCUCGGCUUCCUUCCUCAGCUCUCCCUCGCUCUUCCUGUCCUUGUAUUUGCUCGUGGUGCUGGUUGUCAGGCCGGCCCGCGACUUUCUGCAGCUGGCGCCCCGCAAGCUCAACCGCCUCUGCAUGCGCAUCCUUUUCCGGCUGCCGCGCCCGCUGUUCGCCAUGUGCCAGUCCCUACUGGGCGGCGUGGCUCAGCGUAACCUGUACGAGAUGUUCCCCAAAGCAGGCCGCAACUGGGGCGCGCGCCAGUCCAGGAUCCCGGUUCUCCUGAAGAGCUUGCCCGUAGAGUGUCGGGCCCGCUGCAGAAACCCCACCCCCACGGCCAAGGCUCUGCUCUGGCUGAAGCAUUUCAGUCGACGCCCGCUCGGAGUCCUGGCAGACCUGGCCAACUCGCUGGUGCUGAAACUCGCCCAGCAGGUCGUCAUGAAGCUGCCGCACGGCGCCCGGGUUAAACUCCGAGCUCUGGGCCUCCUGAAGAAGGAGGCUCCCAGCAGGCUGCCCAUCCUGCUGCCCCGGGAGGUCCGGGAGCAGAGGCAGAGGGAGAGGCGGAGGAGGGAGAGGGAGAGGCAGCGGAGGGAGGAGCGGGAGCGGAUGUUUCGGGAGGAGGGCAGGUGGGAGUGUGGCCUGAGGAGGACUUCGUCUGGAAGGUUUGUGAGGGGUAAAGUUCGGCCUUGGAGAUAAGUGUAGGACAAAUCAAAGGAGAAUGUGGGGAACAGGAAGUGGGGGAUCCUCGUCAUCCAGCUCUCUGUUCCAUCGUCUGUGUGUCUUCACGCGUCUCGUUACGUAAUUCCAGUGGUCACAUUUCGUAGAGAUGAGCUGUUCUCCAUACACACAUCUGUACGCAUGUGUCUGUCUGUGUGUGUGUGUGUGUGUGUGUGUGCUGGCUCAAAGUUAAUGUGCACGUGUGUGCCCACGAGCCACAUACGUUCGAUCGAGUGGGACCUGUUGCUGUACCAAAUCCAGUGAAGUUUAAACAUUUCAUUAUUGUGCUUUUUGUAAAAGUUUCUUAAAGUUCUUUGGAUUUUAUUAUUUUGCUCUUAAUUUGUAAGACAAAUAUUUUUAUGGUUAUUUUUAAGACCGUUUUUUUUGUGCAAUGUUUUAUUAUUUUUAUUUUUUUUUUUUUACUCUUACAGUGGUCUUUGAUCGGCUGCACUGUUUUCUCAGUGCCGAGAACAAAUAUCAUAGUGUUGCAAAGCUUUGUGACAAUAAUAAUUUCACUCCCUGAAGUUGAAUACUGUGAAAAACAAAAGCAUAUUCAAUCAUUUCACUAUCGUUGCCCUGAACACUAUCACUGUCCGUCAUAAAAGUGCAAUAAAACAAAACAAAAAAAACUCAACUAAAUCAUCUUGGACCACUGUAAAGGGUGGAGGUGGAAUAUGGACCUGAAAUACCAAAGUCUGGGGCCGUUCAGCCAAAAUCAGCGACCAGAUCAAUCAGAAUAUGACGUUUAUGUGAACAUGUGGGAUCAUUUCACCUGCAAGCUGGUGAAACCGUCGUCCUUCCCCGUUUUUAGCCAGUUGUGCUGUUUUAUUGCGGCUUUCGCAGUAAUCUCGUGACGAUUUACCGUGUAAACAUUUCCCCUCAUGUAGGAAACGUGCCUCGUUCCAGCUGUUUGCACAAAUAUCAGCCGUCUGUCGCUAAGUGACAUAUCCUGAAGUCAAUGCGGGAACGCGAGAAAGUUCUUCGUCGUAGUUUUUAGGUUUGAUAAGAGAAAGAGAAAAGUAUUUAAUAUCUCAGUGUGAAUUAAUUUAUAUGAAGCCAUAUAAACAAUCUUUUGAGAGAAACAAUCGUAAAGAGUUUAAAAGCCUGAUAGAACUACUGAAUGUGAAAGAUGAGACAAACGGCUCGCCGUCAAAUGAAGGGAUAUCCCGCGAUAUCGAAUGCUCAUUUAAUUUUGCACUACCCAGAGGCGUUUAAAAUAGAUUCUCAAUAGGGAAGAACAGUUUGCUUUUUCUCCUCCCAGUAAAUAAAAUUUGCAUCUGAUCUUUGUCUGAAACAUCGAACCAAAAAUGUAGCAAAGAUACACGCGCAUCUCAAAAAAUUACAAUACUGUAGAAAAGUUUUUUUUUCCUCUUGCUCGCAGAACUUUACUUGAACAUAAAUGUCAUAGUUACAAAUAUUUGCUGUUUGAAGCAAACAAAAUAAAAAUGGAAACAAGGGAAGGAAGAAGACCAAUUCGGCUUGAGGGAAGGUGCAGCUCAGAUCCUCAUCAGUAAGUCUGGACCUGAACUUUGACUCAUUAAAAUUCAUGCUGGAGCAGCUUCUCACAGAAAGUUGCUCCCAAAAAGGCACAUGGUCUGUUUGAAGGAGCCGGAGAGCUCAGGGAACCUUUGAGCCCCGUCUGCUUUUACCUGCACGGCAGGUCGGCGAGCUCCCAGGCUGUGAUCUCCUUCCUCCUGCAGCUUCACAGUGGCAUCAGCCUGCAGCCAGGAUUGCUUUGCAUGCUGGGAAAUAGCAGAGUUUUGUCUGAGAGAGCUGGGCCUUCCAGGACACAGGUUUUAUGUGGAAUGCUGUCGUAACAGGACUUUUUUGAAACGUGUUUUUUCUCCUGUCUGAGUUCGGCGUCUCGCUGGUCGUGGGAACUUUAGUAUGAAGUUACUGUUGGACCAGAUGAUCCUGGAGGUUUUUGGAGAUGGUCUCUGGGUUGUUUUCAACCGUUCCAACAUUUUUCUUAGCCUGUCAUUUCUUCCACUUAUUUAUCAGUGUUAAAGUUUUCACAUCAACUAAAUGGCAGUGUUGUCUGGAGUUCAGAGAGAAAUAACAAAAUAACGUGUUUUCAGUGUUUCAUUUUUUGAGAUGCGCCUGUUUUGUAGUUGAGCAGCUUAAAUCAGACAUUUCCUCCAAAAUAUACUGAAAUAAUUUAUCAUCUAUAUAAAUACAAGUGUGUAUUUUUUUUUUGAGCCAAACGUUUUCGAGCCAAACACUCUGGAUACUAAAAAUAAAUAAAUAAAAAGAAGGAACAUUCAGGUGAAAAACUGUAAAUGAAAAGAGAUUGCAGAGAGCAGGAAAAACGCUGCCGGUGCGUCAGAGAGAGACGACAUCCGAGCUGUUUGUAAGGAAGAAAAACCAUGAGUGUGGAAACUCGCUCUUAACUGUAAAACGAUCCAGGGGGAAAUAAGAAAGUAGGACACUGUUUUCUCAGUGACCUGCAUUUAGAAAGUCUCACUUAAAAAAAAAAAGAAGGGUUUCUCCACAUACAUUGUUUUGUUUCGUCUUUUUUUGAAUGUAACUUAUUUGCCA